CACCUUUUCCCUCAACGUCGAAGUUGAUACGAACUUUCGCUUAUAAAAUAGCGUUUUCAUCUUCACUGUUCGUUUCCGCAUAAAUCUCAGAUUCAACCUAUUUCAUUUCGUUAAUCAUCACCAUCAUAAUCGCUUCAAUCUCUGUAAGUAUAUUACAAAAUCACUGUAAAUUUUCCAUUCCAAUUAUCUUCAGCUACCAACUUAGAAGUUAGAAUAAUCAAUAAUCACUUUCAAGAUCUAUUAUUACUAUUUUACCAACUUAGAACUUAGAAUAAUCACUUUCAGGAUCUAUUAAUAGCAUUCCCAAAUUGCUUCAUUUUCUCAACUAUUUUUGUUUGAUCCUAUAACAUGACUACUGGUAGUUGUAUUGGAAUUUCUACCAUGAAGCCUUGUUGUAGAAUCCUAACUAAGAUUAGUGAUUCAUCAAUGGUGAGGGUUUUGUCCAGAUCAAGCUAUUCCAGUUCAAUCCAUAGGCAUAGAUACUAUAGAUGUAAGAAUACUAAGAUUGUAGGUUAUAUACAUGUGACUAAUUUGAAUCGGAGAGAUUUUAGCAUUAUCGAUUCGAAUUGGGUUCACUCUAGGAAUUUUAGCACAGAUUUUUGUGUUAGAAUUGGUAGUGUUAGACCUAGGGUUGUAUCAUUGAUACCGAAUGUAGCUUCGAAUUUUAGAAACCAGUCUACAUCGGUUGAUUCUAAUGUUAAUGACAAAAGCUUUGAGAAUAUUUUCAUUCAAACCAGUUUGAAUGCAAAGCCGUUGUUGUGUGAAGAAAUUGAGACUCGUGAUCAAAGGAAAUUGGAAGAAGAUGACGGGUCGACUGUAAAUUUAGAUUAUAAUUUGAAUGAUUUGAGUGAGGAUAAAGUUGAGAGGGAGCUUUCUGAGAUUGAAAAGGAAGCUUGGGAGUUGCUUCGAAGUUCUGUUGUUACAUACUGUGGGAAUCCAGUGGGGACUGUUGCAGCUAAUGAUCCUGCUGAGAAUCAACCUCUGAAUUAUGAUCAAGUCUUUAUUCGUGAUUUUGUUCCAUCUGCACUUGCGUUUCUGCUCAACGGUGAAGGGGAAAUUGUCAAGAAUUUUCUACUUCAUACGUUGCAAUUGCAGAGUUGGGAGAAGACUGUUGACUGCUACAGCCCAGGGCAAGGAUUGAUGCCAGCAAGCUUCAAAGUUAGAACUGUUGCUCUUGAUGGAAGUAAUGAAGCAUUUGAGGAAGUUUUAGAUCCCGAUUUCGGUGAAUCAGCAAUAGGCCGUGUUGCUCCUGUCGAUUCAGGAUUGUGGUGGAUUAUAUUGUUGAGAGCAUACGGGAAAUUAACGGGCGACUAUUCAUUGCAAGAUAGAGUGGAUGUCCAGACAGGCAUAAGACUGAUCCUUAAGUUGUGUCUAACUGAUGGAUUUGACAUGUUUCCUUCUCUACUAGUCACCGAUGGUUCUUGCAUGAUUGAUAGAAGGAUGGGAAUUCAUGGUCACCCUCUUGAGAUACAAGCAUUAUUUUACUCUGCUCUACGCUGUUCCCGUGAGAUGCUGAUAGUGAAUGAUACAACUAGUAGUCUCGUGGCUGCAGUUAGUAAUCGCCUUAGUGCACUCUUGUUUCACAUGAGAGAAUAUUAUUGGGUUAACAUGAAGAAGAUUAAUGAAAUUUAUCGGUAUAAGACGGAAGAGUAUUCUACUGAUGCCGUCAACAAGUUUAACAUCUAUCCAGAGCAAAUUCCUUCAUGGCUUGUAGACUGGAUAUCCGAGGAGGGUGGAUACUUCAUCGGAAAUCUGCAACCUGCUCACAUGGACUUUAGAUUUUUCACACUUGGGAACCUUUGGGCCAUUGUCUCUUCUUUAGGUACAACAAGACAGAACGAGGGCAUUUUGAAUUUAAUCGAUGCUAAAUGGGAUGAUAUCAUUGGUCAAAUGCCUCUCAAGAUAUGUUUUCCAGCGUUGGAGGGUGAGGAAUGGCGUAUAAUUACUGGCUGUGACCCCAAGAACACCCCUUGGUCAUAUCACAACGGCGGAUCUUGGCCAACACUUCUAUGGCAGUUCACUUUAGCAUGCAUCAAGAUGGGCAGGUCUGAUUUAGCACAGAAGGCAGUUGAUUUAGCAGAAAAAAGACUUAAUGCAGAUAAAUGGCCAGAAUAUUAUGAUACUAGAAAUGGAAAGUUUAUUGGGAAGCAAUCAAGGUUGAUGCAAACAUGGACAAUUGCUGGUUUUCUUACAUCAAAGAUGCUUCUAAAAAAUCCAGAGAAAGCAUCUUUGUUGUUUUGGGAAGAGGAUUUUGAAAUUCUUCAGAAUUGUGUCUGCCUGCUUAACAAAAGUGGUAAAAGAAAGUGUUCCCGUUUUGCAGCAAGAUCUAAGACUCUUGUUUAAUAAUGACAUGUCUUCUUCUUCUACAGUCUCUGACUUGUUUAAUAAUAACAGUACUAGAGUUAUUACUACUACUACUGUUUCAACUUUCUUUCAACUUUCAAGGUGUUGUCACAUAUACAAAAGUGUUGUUGUUGAUACUAUAGUACGAUGAUGGACUUCACUUUUCAGAAUUUUAUCUGUAUGACAGAGUUCUGUAACAUCAUUAACUAUGUGGGGGUAACUCAUUCCACGUAGAUGCAUAUUCCUUCACUGUUUUUUCUUUCUUACUGUAACUGCAUGUGCCAUGUGGCUUCACUGUGUAUCUGACUAGAACAAUAGUCGAAUUAUUUUUCUUGCUGAAAUAAAUAGUACUCACAAUAUUUAUUUA